GUGACGUCACUAUCCGGGACCUGGAACAGCUGAUUCUCCAAAGUGUAAACAAGAGAGUGAAUCAGGAGCCUCUGUUAUGACUUUCUCCACACCUUGACACCUUUCUCCUCGUCCCACCUGCUUCGCCAGCACUUUCUACACUAUGUGAAAGGUGAGAGAGAGUUUGGAGCACGCCACAUUGUUUGUAGCGAUGGAACCCCGCAGGGGCGCCUUUAUCAGCGGUGGCCCGGGAGUUGCUCACAGUAUCAGAAUAGAAGGCUCGGCUGGUUUAUCCAGGAUCCCGCCAAGUUUAUCAGUGGCAUCCUCUGCUCCUACUCCUAGUUCAGCCAUCAUGAGCUCCCUGGCUUCCUACACUUCAGAGGCCAAUUACGACAACUCCUUCAAUUCUCUUCUGUCGCUCCGUAAGUCUGUAAAUUUCUGCCACCCAAAUGCUGAUGCCAAGCUUAAGCUUGCCCAAAAUACUCUGCAUAAUCAUGGGCUUUCUGCAUGCAUUCACCCAUUUCUGUGUAAACAAUGUAUCGUGCUUGCAGUGUCUGAUGUCAUUAUCUACCGAACGCGCUCAGAAAGACUCAACACUGAUAUGUACAAGUUUUUGGCAGAGGCUUCGAGAGCAUACACAAAGUACUUUCGUGCAGACUUGGAGGCUGUGGCACGUAAAGCUGAGUGUGACUGUGUCUUUGGUCCUCCUGUGUUUAUAUUCCACGACACAAGACACACCAGUGUUCUCAAAGAAGGUACAGUAGCUUUCCAGCCACAUGGUACUGUGACUUUUUAUUUAGUAAUUAAAUUAUUUUCUAACCAUGUACAGACUAUAAAUAAAAAAUUCAGUGGGCAAAUCCAGAGCACUGAACCAGCAUUUCCAGAUGAGUACUUUACCUGCACGAGUGUUUGUGCUGCCUGCCAGGCUCGCUGCUGUCUCUUCAUGAACCAUGCAACUCAUGAUAAUGGCUCGAAAGAUCACGAAGCUGAACGCCAGUGUAAAUACCAUCAUCAGUUUGAAAACAAGGUUUUCCUGUGUCGGAAAUGUGACAGUGAAGGAGAGAGACGAAUUGUAAUACCCAAGACUUCAUCGGCUAAGGACAGCACAUGGCUGGGUCUUGCUAAAUAUGCAUGGGCAGGGUACGUGCUGGAGUGCGAGAAGUGCGGCAUUAUCUACCGGAGCCGUCAGUACUGGUACGGUAACGAGUCUCCGGACAGGUGCGAAGUAAAAGAAGAGUACCAGCAUGUAUGGUCAGGCACUGUCGUUGGUGGAGCAGCACAUGCUGGCAGACAGGUGUGUGCUCUUAUAUUGGGUGGAGUUUUAGGACUCUCUUUCCCUAAUGUUCUUGCACUACAGCAUUGCAAGAUGUGCCAGGAGCCUCUCGACACCAUCCAUCACUGUCGCAAGUGCGGUGAAGGAUUCUGCGACGGCUGUUCUGAUGUUAAAAUGGCCGUGCCUGAACUGGGAUGGGGCGAGGAGCCGGUCAGAGUCUGCAAAAAUUGUUUUAAAGCCAGAACUAACCACAGUGUAGGCAGUGAAGAUUACGAUUGCAGUACCGACGAGCAAACGGUGAUUGUUCGACAGGUUAGUGAAGUCAUAUCCGGAACCUUGGCGUCUGUGGCAAAAUAUCCAAUAGAAUUUUUAAAGGACAGUGCACGACCAUCGUAUUGGACGCCCGAUGAAAUUAUUACAACUUGUAUAGUGUGUGAGAAAGAAUUUGGACCUAGACUAACUUUGCAUCAUUGUCGAGCUUGUGGUCAAGGCGUCUGUGACAAAUGUUCGCCAAACCUUAGGCCAGUCAAGGAACGAGGUUGGGACCACCCUGUACGGGUCUGUAACAACUGCCUUAAGUAGUCUGUGUUCUUGAUGAUUUAUUUCAUGCGUAAGUAAAACCCACUUUCUAAAUUUUGUAAAAACAUAUUACUGAAGCCAAGUGACAUAGUGAAGAAAGAUACAUGUUGCGGAAAAGCUCUUUGGGGGACAAUGUUUUGCUCAGCGUAGAGCUUUGUUGUGACUUGAUGGAGCUCUACACAGAGUGAAACGUCCUGACAAAAGCUUAUUGUUCAACAUGUGUCCUUUAUUUUCAAAAAUAUUGCUGCUUGACUAAAAGAGCUGCCCUCAGGAAUGUACAUCAAGAUUUUAAAGUCUUGGUAUCCUCUCUUCUUUUAAGUGUAAAUAGCAUUUUGGGAAAGAAGGAUUCCUGUCAAAAUAUAUAUGAAUUUUAAUUUUAACUUUUAUAAAUACAGUACAGUAGUGCAGUUCAAGGAUUAGGAUCAGUUUUGGGGGUGAAAGUUACUCGAGUACAGUUGGGUUAGUAUGAUGGUUGCAGUCUUUAGUUGUCUUGGUGAUAAAACUUUAAUGGCUACAGUCCCAAACAACUUGAUAAAACUUUUAUUUUUCACAGCCUCAAACAACUUGGUAAAAGUUCCUUAUUCAGUCCCAAAGAACCUUGAUAAAACUUAAUUGUUUACAGUCCCAAAAAACUUGGAUAAAAGUUCAUUGUUUACAAUCCCAAAGAACCUUGAUAAAACUUCAUUGUUUAAAGUUCCAAAGAACCUUGAUAAAACUUCAUUGUUUAAAGUUCCAAAGAACCUUGAUAAAACUUCAUUGUUUACAUUUGCAAAAGAACCUUGAUAAGGCUUCAUUGUUUACAGUUGCAAAGAACCUUGAACUUGGGCUAUCAUGUCUUUACACUUCAAUGUUUAUACUGUUACUAUCUUAGAAUGAUCAUUGUAGUGAUAGCAAUAAAGUGAAUGUAUUUGUUAUCAGCGUUAUGUUCUGAUGUUUAGGCUUACUGCUACGUGAUUGGUGCCUGCUGUGGCUGGUGCCGACUGUGGCUGGUGCCCGCUGUGGCUGGUGCCUGCUGUGGCUGGUGCCUGCUGUGGUUGGUGCCUGCUGUGGUUGGUGCCUGCUGUGGCUGGUGCCGACUGUGGCUGGUGCCCGCUGUGGCUGGUGCCUGCUGUGGCUGGUGCCUGCUGUGGUUGGUGCCUGCUGUGGUUGGUGCCUGCUGUGGCUGGUGCCUGCUGUGGUUGGUGCCUGCUGUGGCUGGUGCCGACUGUGGCUGGUGCCCGCUGUGGCUGGUGCCUGCUGUGGUUGGUGCCUGCUGUGGUUGGUGCCUGCUGUGGCUGGUGCCUGCUGUGGUUGGUGCCUGCUGUGGCUGGUGCCUGCUGUGGCUGGUGCCUGCUGUGGUUGGUGCCUGCUGUGGCUGGUGCCUGCUGUGGCUGGUGCCUGCUGUGGUUGGUGCCCGCUGUGGCUGGUGCCCGCUGUGGCUGGUGCCCACUGUGGCUGGUGCCCGCUGUGGCUGGUGCUCACUGUGGCUGGUGCCCGCUGUGGCUGGUGCCCGCUGUGGCUGGUGCCGACUGUGGCUGGUGCCCGCUGUGGCUGGUGCCUGCUGUGGAUGGUGCCUGCUGUGGCUGGUGCCUGCUGUGGUUGGUGCCUGCUGUGACUGGUACGUGCUCUGGCUAGUGCUUGCUAUGGCUGGUACCUGCUAUGUCUGGUACCUACUUUGACUGGUAUAUUUGGUGAGUUUUUCCAAAAAAGUCAUUAGGUGAAGUAAGCUCAUGAGGUUCCAUCCACAGCUUUAACUUUGUCAUGAGUGAGAACAAUGAAAACCCACAGUAGACAAGCCACAGUAGACAAGCCACAGUAGACAAGCCACAGUAGACAAGCCACAAUAGACAUUGCCAGUAGGAAACCGGACCUCUGCUUGCUGCAGAUACCUGAUCAUCCAGGUUAUGAUGGCUGUGGCCUGCAGUUCUGCAACAGCCAGAUUCACAAGGCAGUUAAGGAAAUUUUGGUUUUAUUCUAGGCUGUGAGCUUAGAAAAACCUCAGAACCAGUCUUAGGCAUGUACUCGCCUAUAUGUGGUUGCUUGGGUCAAAUCACAGCUCCUGGCUGAGCUGCAUGGAAAUUCUUGAUACAGCAAAACCUCAGAUUAACAUAAUUUUAAAAUAUUGGUCAGAAUCCAGUGAGUAAAUUAUUCAAAAUCCUUUAUUUUCAAUGUUUAUUACAUUAUAUUUGUAAACUGUGUGUGCAGUAUAUUUGUAAACUGUGCAUACAGGAUAGUAUUUAUAAACUGUGAAUGCAGUACUAUCAUAGGUAUUCACUGGAGCACUUCAGAGUUCACAAAAUCAUAACAUGAUUUCACAUAAACCAAGGAGCAGGUGGGGUUAAAACCCAUGGCAGGUGAAUCGUAAAACUCUUGGCUAGUGCUUUAACCACUAGGCCAACACUGGCCUAGAGUUUCAGAACUCACUUGCUGUGGAUUCAAGCCCCAUUCUGUGGUUCGUUUACUUACGUGCUUUUUUUUCUGCUAUAUUUUAACAUUAUUCAGAUUAGUCUGCCCAAAAUGCACCACAUACUAAUGGCUUUCUUUUGUACCUAACAGUAUUUUAUUACAUGUAAACUACAUUAUCUGUAUACUGCAGAAAAAAACUAAAGUUAUUAUUAUUAUUUAUCAGAUGCUCAGAUAAUUCUCCCAUAUAAGUACAGUAGAAUCCCCAUAUCCGUGGGGGAUACUUUCCAAUACUUACCUUGGAUACCCAAAACCGUGGAUAAUAGCAAACCCUACAUAUAUGUAUUGUUUUUCGUUUACAUUCAUACUUAUGAUGAAGUUUAAUUGUUAAAUUACACACAAUAAGUGGAGAAUUAUCACUUUUUCACUGAUGGGAAGCACUUCACGGCCUUUCUUAGCCUUUGAAGAAGUGCCACCAUCACUACUUACGCACUUUGGCUUCAUUAAGCAAAAUUAAGGGUUAUUUUUGGGUACGGUAAACCAUGGUUAACUGACACUGUAGAAACCAGACCCACGGAUACGGCGGUCCUAUGUACUACAUUACAUUGAAGUUUUGCUGUCUUGGGAAAAAUAUGCAUUAGCUCGUGCCAGACAGUGAGAAGCAUUUAGAAAAAUAUUCUCCAGGUUUUGUAUCCAGAAUAAAAGACAAAUCUUACCAUUUACAAGUAGUGAUUUAGAAGUAAUUGUCUUACUGAAAUGUCAUAAAUUUAUUGUACACCAAUUUCUUAGAAGUGAUCACGUUAUUUUCCAGCAUAUAAGGCGCACAAGUACAUAAGACGUAUAAGACAAUGUUUCUAAGCAGUUGUAAAGUAACAUUAGUAAAUGACUGCUAAAGCAUAACCCAAAGCCUACUCUUGACCCUGACCUUGAGUAUAUAAGGUACAGGGAAUUUUCCAAGACAAUUUUGGGAAAAGUGCACCUUAUAUGCUGGAAAAUACUAUGUCCUUCCUACUGAUAUGUCAUGAAUCCACUGUAAACAAUUUUCUUGCCUAUUUGUAUUCCUACUUUGGGUUAUAUCUAUUAUCAAAGACAUUGUUAAAGAUUAUAUGUUUUGGAAAUAUGAUAAUUGGAUUAUUUCAAGAAAUAUAAUGUGAUAUUUCUUUAUAUAGUUUUUAUGUACAGUAUUACUUUUUAAUUAGUUUUUUGGGCUACAGUAAACCCUCUUAUAAAGUAACAUUACAUAAUGCAGUUUUGUCUAAAUGCACUUGAAAAAAGUGCAUUCACUUGCAUAGUGCUUGAAAAAGAAUAAAAUAGUACAGUGCUAUGACUUGCAAAGUACACAAAUAACAUACACAUAGGAGAAAGAAAUUAAUGAUGUUUUGGUCCGACUUGGACCAGGCGGACCUAAGUUUCAUUCUCCUAUGUGCAAUUUAUUUGUGCUUGAAAAAAAUCCUUGAUACUACGCUUGAUAAGUGUGGAAACAUCUAGUUAUUUGAAAAAUCUUAGUAGUCUCCUCUGGAAUUUUUCCCCUCUGAGCUAUGAUGGGCCUAAGCUGAAGUGUUUGGAGAGGCAUAGCCCCUCCUUCCCCCACCACCACUCCUGCCUCCUACUGUUGCUUUCUGGGAGUGCCACUUACCUUUGUGUUCAUCUGUUGGUUUUGAAUCAUCUUAUCACCCAAAUUCACCUUUAAAUGAGUUGAGGCAAUCCACGUGGAGACAGACACAGAGUAGAAAGGGACUGUAUGUUUUGAUAUCCGUCGGAGGUCUAAUGUUGAAGAUGGUCUCAAAUGGAAAUUAAUAUACAUAUGCAGUCUCUUUCUGCACUGUGUUUGCCUCCAUGCAUGUGUUUCCUCCUUUAAUUGACAAGUGUCCACCACAUUUUGAUGCUUCAUUUCUGGAUAUUAACCAUAGCACUCAGGAGGAGUGCUAGUGAGCCAGAGGUGCCACAGAGAAUGAGCAUGAAUCUCUGAUGGUCUUGAAGGAAGUGGUGGUUUUAGAUAUGCUUCGAAGUGGUGCAUAGUUGAUGCAGAUUGUCUGCACCUUUUUUUCUUUUUUAAAGCCCAGCCCAUCUAAGGCAUACUGCCACUCCCCAGGAUGCCACUCACACUGGUCAGCUAACACCUAGGUACCUCCUAACUGUUAGGUGAACAGGGACAGCAGGUGUAAGGAAACAUGCCCAACAUCCCUACAAUUAAGUGAUGAUGGGAAGAUAAUAAGUGCUUACACAAUGGUUAUUGCAGUGUGUGUCCUGUGAAUGUGUCAUGGAGGUCAGUAGUGCAAAGUAACACAGAUCAGAAAUACCUUAUAGAGUACUGGCAUAUUUCACUUAUAUAGUGGAUUGGGUUCCAGACUGCCACCAUAAAGCAAAUAUCACCAUAAAGCAAGUCACAGCCUUUUUUUUUUUACUUGCCAGUGCAUAUAAAAGCCUAAAAAUAUGUUGGCACUAUCAUUUAUUAAGUGAACAAUGCACUAGGCCUAAAAGAAGAUGCAAAAGCAAAACUAAUGUAAAAGAUAUGAAAACUGCCAAAAACCACCUUAAGAGCAAGACAAGCACUGAAAAUAAUAAACAACAAUACAAUUAAUAUAUAUAUAUGCAUAUGUUUCUAAGCUGUUGUGUUCUGAGCACCUCUGCAAAAACAAUGAUUGUGUGAGUGAGGUGAAAGUGUUGAAUGAUGAUGAAAGUAUUUUCUUUUUGGGGAUUUUCUUUCUUUUUUGGGUCACCCUGCCUCGGUGGGAGAUGGCCGACUUGUUAAAAAAACAAAUACGUAAUUAAAAAGUGCUGUAUUAACGUAGUAUGCCUGUAUAGGAGGGCCCUGCUUAUAUAGCAGGUUGGGUUCGGGGCGCUGUAAGGUCCCACUUAUGCAGCAGAUUAGGUUACGGGCUACUGCUGUAAAGUGAAACAUAACCUUCUUUAUUUCACUUGUAAAUGCAUAUUAAAGACUGACAACGUGUUUACACUAUCAUGUAUUAAGUGAACCAUAGAGCUUGGGCUAAAAAAAUGCAUAUACAGUAUGCAUAUUACUUACCUUAAAAUAUUUUUGCUUUUAACUUAUAGUGAGUGGUGAAUAUAUUUAUUGUAGGAAGUCUGAAUAAAUGAAGAAUGGCUCUAAUUGAAAAAACGCUGCAUUAGCAAACUGCUACAUAGUGAAGCACUAAAGUGAAGCCCUCCUGUACUUGAAAACCCCAAUACAACCAUCAGCUACUGAUAACUUAGCAUGCAGGUCAGCACAGGAAUCACAGCCAUCCACCACAGCCCAGUAUGGCCACAUCAACCCUCUCUCCAUACACUUCCAUGUCAACAAGCAGCAACUAGAAUGUAAGGUGAGAUAAACUGUAUUAAUUUGUACCUAAUAAAUUAAAAAAAAUAGGUUGCUUGGUAAAUUUGGAUGUGUGUGGAACAUGAACUUAUUUUCUCAUAUAUUCUUCACUUCACUUAAUGUUAAUUUCCACAAGGCACUGAUUUUCAGGACCAUAUCCUGAUGUUAUAAGAGGGUUUAUUAUCCCGGUGUUAUGAGAGGGUUUACUGCAUUUGUAUUUUUCUGAUGUAUUAAUUUUGUGAAUUACAUAAUUUUAACAACUCUAAUACAAUAUAACUUUUAAUAUUUUCUUAAGUUUUAUAUAUUUUAUAGUCUUUCAAAAAAGUACUUUUCUGCUUUAAUGCACUGUAUAUAUUUUGUGUAUAUUAUAUACUUUUAACAGCUAUUUUCAAAAAAGUAUUAUGUCUUUUAAUGCAUUCUUAUCAUUCUCAACAUUAAUAUUAAAUAUCUUAGGGUGUUCCAUUUUCUUUCUGCCACUUUAUUUAUGGGUGAUAUCUUAAGAAUGUUCCUUGCAUAAUUUUCAAAUGUAGAAAAUUUACAAUGAAUAAGACACGUGUGCAGGACCUGAGCAUCAUUAUUAGUGAAAUAUGUUGCCUGCACAACAGGCUUUUUCAGUCGGAUACUGGUGAAUGUAACGUUGGCAACAGUAGUAGUAAUAGUAGUACACAGAUAAUCCGCAUAUAGGAGAGAGAAGGUUAUUGGACCAAUUACAAGUUAGUGUUACUUGUAAUUGGUCCAAGUCGGACUGAAACGUCAUCAUAAUCUUCUCUCUCCUGUGUUCGGGAUAUUUAUAUAUCAUUCCAGUCACAGUAUUAUGCCUUUUUGUUACUUAGUAAUAGUUUUGGGAUUAAAGACACUGAUAGCAGAGGAUGCUUUUAAUAAGUUUCACCCAAGACUGGACUUUAUCACACACCUUGAUAAAGGUCACCCUAGGGUGAAUCAUUGUAUUUAGAAGAUCCUCUGUCACCAGUGUCUUCAUUCUUACUUGUUGGCUUUUGUCAUUGUCUACCUGAGUAGGAGUAGAGAAAAUAGACACAAAUGUGGUAUAAUGCGAUCCUUUAUUGACUGUGUUUGCCCACACAGUGGACUUGACCACAUAUUUGUGACUUGAUGAAGCCUGCUGUGUGUGCAAAAUGUAGUCAAUAAAAAACUAGGUAGUAGGUUGGUAGACAGCAACCGCCCAGGGAGGUACUACUGUCCUGCCAGGUGAGUGUAAAACUGAAGCCUGUAAUUGUUUUACACGAUGGUAGGAUUGCUGGUUUCUUUUUUUUUCUGUCUCAAACACAUGCAAGAUCAGGUACGUCUUGCUACUUCUACUUACACUUAGGUCACACUAACAUACAUGUACAAGCAUAUAUAUACACACCCCUUUGGGUUUUCUUCUAUUUUCUUUCUAGUUCUUGUUCUUGUUUAUUUCCUCUUACCUCCAUAGGGAAGUGGAACAGAAUUCUUCCUCUGUAAGCCAUGCGUGUUGUAAGAGGCGACUAAAAUGCCGGGAGCAAGGGACUAGUAACCCCUUCUCCUGUAUAUAUUACUAAAUGUAAAAGGAGAAACUUUCGUUUUUCCUUUUGGGCCACCCCGCCUCAGUGGGAUACAGCCAGUGUGUUGAAAGAAGAAGAAAAAACUGCAUUAUACCAUAUUUGUGUCUGUUUCUCCAUUGUGUCGGUAUUCAUACCAUUUAUCUAUAGUGAGCAGUAACGCUGAUGUUAUCAGUCCAUCCGUGUUAAUAGGUGAUCAGUCCCUCCUAUCAAAGGCAAUGGACUGAUCACAUCAAAGCUAUUACUUUUACUCUCCCUGCUGGUAUAUAGGGGCUCCUUGACUUACAAUGGUUCAACUUAAGAUAUUUCGACUUUACAAUGGUGCAAAAGCAAUUUGGAGAUGAAACUUAGGGUAAUUACCCGGCAUGAAGGUGGCAAGUCCGUAACUUGUAUUCAGUUAUUUACUCAUCAAUACUGGUACGUAUUUAGUUAGUUACAGUAAUUAUUUAUUUAGUUAUUCAAUGGCAGUAGUUAUUUAUUUCUUUCAACACGCCAGCUGCAUCCCACCGAGGCAGGGUGAUUUAAAGAGAACGAAAGGUUUUCUUUUUUAAAUUUAGUAAAUUAUACUGGAGAAGGGGUUACUAGCACCUUGCGCCUGACAUUUUAGUUGCCUCUUAUGGCACGCAUGUUUGCCUGAAAUGCCCUGGCAUGUUAGUGGCUUUCUUAGUACUUAACAACACUUUUUAAAAAGUAAGUCACACAUUGUAACCUUUGCAAAGAAAUAAAAUUUGUAUUUGAAGGCAUCUUUUUCACUCUUGCAUGGAGAAUAGUUAUUUAUUUAGCAUAUCAUAUUCAUGUUCAACCAAGAGCAAGGGGCUAGUAACUCCUUCUCCUGUAUACAUUACUAAAGUUCAAAAGAGCAACUUUUGUUUUCUUUUUGGGUCACCCUGCCUUGGUGGGAUACAGCUGGUUUGUUGAAAGAAGACGAUUCAUAUUCAGCUUGAAAUAUUUUUGACUUACGAUGGGUUUGUCGGAACGUAACCCCCUUCAUUAGUUAAGGACUACCUGUAUGUCUCUUUUCAACUAAAAAAGGCUUAUUGUGUAGGUGAAACACUUCCCCAAGAAAGAUGCCUAAGUGUUGAACAAGUGUCUUAUUCGUCAAGUUAUUAGUAAUGUAUACCAUCAUAAUUUGGUAAAUAAUUUAUGUAUGCUUGCACAAAAAGUGUAGAUCAUUGCUUAGUGAUCAUCUUGUGUACACCAGUGUAACUCCUUAGUUGUUUUUUUGGGCACUUUGAAUCCCCUAGUGGCUAUUUUUGGCAGUUUGAAUACCUUAGUGGCCAUUUUGGGCAGUGUAGCCCUCUGGUAGCCAUUUUGGGUAGUUUGAAUCCCCUAGUGGCUAUUUUGGGCAGUCUGAAUCCUCUAGUGGCUGUUUUGGGCAGUGUAGCCCUCUUGUGGUCAUAUUGAGCAGUGUUGCCUCCCUGGAGGCUAGAGCAAUGUAACUUCCUGGUGGCCAUUUUGGGCGCUGUAAAUUCCUGUGUGGCCAUUUUGAGCAGUGUAACUUCGUGGUGGCCAUUUUAGGCAGUUUAAUCUAUUGGCCAAUAUAAUUCCUUGGUGGCCAUGUUGAGCAGUGUAACUCCCUUGAUUGCCAUUUAAGUCGGUGUAACAUCUUGGCAGCCAUUUUAAUGUUAAAACCCCAGUGUCAGUUUUGGUAAUAAUUUGUUUUUGUCUGUCUACCGAAUGACAAUAAAUAAGCUUCAAUAAAGCAAUCCUUCCGAUGUCAUAGAAAAAAUUAUGCUCACGUAACCCCGCUCUUUGGAGAGGAAACGUCAGGCGAUGUUUUAAUUAGUCCUGGACCAACCAAUGUUGUUGAACUAUAACCUGGUACAGUGGAACCUCAGUCCUCGAACUUAAUUCAUUCCAGAAGGCUGUUCAAGUGCCAAUCCAUUUGAGAUUCGAACAAAUUCUUCUCAACCAAUUUUCUUUUUGGUUGGCUGUUAUCACUAAUCUUCAUAGGCCCCAUGUGACUUAUUAUUAUAUUAUACUAGCCCUUGUGGCUUAGCGCUUCUUUUUUAUUAUAAUAAUAAUAAUAUUAUAUUAUACAAAUAAUAUAAAAAACACCCAAAAAUGUGAAGAAACACGAAAUAGUUUACAGCGAAGUUCUGGCAGAUUAUGUUUGUUUGGUCAAGUGCUGAGCUUUGUCCGAGUAGGGAGUUGUUCGAGUACUGAGGUUCCACUGUAUUUUCCUGCUGGUGUUUGUUUUUUGUUCCUGGAGCAAAACAUUGUCUAAAGUCUCCUGAUUGUAUUUUGGGUUAAUUAUGAAUUGUUAGGUAAAAGGACACAAGUGCAACUAAUGUGACAAUUUAUUUUUGCAAUGUUUCACUCUUCAGGAGCUUUGUCAAGACAUUUCAGAGUGACAAAGCUCCUGGAGAGUAAAACAUUGCCGCAAUAAAAUGUCUUAUUACAGUAGGACCCCUGUAUCCACAGGGGAUAUGUUUCAAGAACCUGCCAUGGAUACCGAAACCGUGGAUAGUAGCAAACCCUAUAUGUAAAUUUUAUACAUACCUAUUAUAAAGUUUAAUUGAUAAAUUAUGCGCAGUAAGUGGAGAAUUGUCAUUUUUCACUGGUGAGAAGCACUUCGCUGCUUCUCUUAGGCAUUGAACAACUGCCAACUUCUCUACUUUUGUGCUCUGGGACCAUUAUUAUGCAAAAUUAAGAGUUAUUUUUGGGUCACAGUAAACUGUGGAUAACUGAAACCGUGGAUACCGAAUCCCUGGAUACGGGGAUUCUACUGUAGUUGAACAUAUAUCCUUUUAUUAACAUAUUGUUAGUAAUUCUACCUAUAUAAUGAAUUGUGCCUGCCAUGGUAUUGUGAUUUUUUACUUUGAAAGUUGACAUGAUUCAGGAUGGAUAAAAUAAGGAAUUAUGUAUAUACAUUUGGGCUCCGAAUAUUCCACGUGGAUUGUAUCUAAAGCAGUUCAUGAACUUGGAGUCAAAAUGUUCAAUGUAAAAUGCUCAAAGUGUAAAAAAAGUAAGAUUUUCACAUGGUAGUAUUGUAUUUUGUCAAAAUAAAAUAAAAUAAAAUAAAUUUGAUGACAUGGGUGUUAGUCAUAUAAUAAACAGCUAAUGAAGCUUUAGGUCAUAUGAUCAAAUGUUUCUGGUAGCUUGCUGGUCUUCUGAUGUGGGUGUUAUUCAUGAAAUGACCCACUCAUGCAGCCAACAGUAACAGCCUGGUUGAUAAGACCCUGAUCCACCAUGAGGCCUGAUCACAGCCCGGGCUGUGGGGGCGUUGAGCCCCGAAACCCUCUCCAGGUAUACUUAUUGGAGAUUUUGGUUCUCUGAGUGAGGCCUUGUGCUGGGCUAGUGGUCUACUCUCUAGAACAUUAAAUGUUACAUCAUUAGAUAUGGAGGACAGGUGGAGAUAUGUUGCAGUUUUUGAACAGUAGUAUUGGCAUGCUUCUGGCAAGACAGUGAUGGAAUGAAGGAUGGUGAAAGUGUUUCUUUUUUGGGUCACCCUGCCUUGGUAGGAAACGGCCAACAUGUUAAAAAAAAAAAAAUUAUUAGAUGUGAUGGCAGGUUAUCUGCCUGGUAUAAAAUUAUACCACCAAGUAGUAUAUUAAGAUUCUCUUGCUCACAUUAAUAUGUAAAACAAUCACAGGGGGAGUUGAAUGAUAGUUCUAAGCCUUUCGUAUUGCAGUUAACACAUCAGGAGCUUGCUGUGUUCCAGAAAUGAGGAAGAAGUCCUAGGAGAUUAGUUCAGGUGAACAUUCUAAAACAUUCCUCUGAACUAAUCUGCUGGGACUUCUUAUUCAUUUCUGCAAUACUGCAAGCUCCUGAUGUGUUAACUGCAAUACAAAAGGCCUAGAGCUAUCAUUCAACUCCCCCCGUGGUUGCUUUGCACCUUGUAUUGCUUGUUUACGAUUGGUGCAUUAACAUGUAAGUGUACUACUGCAUAUAUGAGCCGUUGUCAAAAUUCAGGUUUUGCAAACUAAUGUUGUUUAUCUAUAAAAUAUGUCUGGGUAUUUUUCCAACUGAUAUUUAUUUUUUGUAUUCAUGGGGUAGCACUAAACAAGUAAGGGUCAUACAGUGCCUGGGACAUGGAAAGCAAUUAGAUUUAAUCAAAGGAAGGAGAGGGUAGCACCAAUUUCAUGGAUCAAUAGCCCAUCAUCAGUAUCAAGGCAACUCUCUCCUUGAUCUUUCACUGUAAUUUGUGUCAACAAAUAUGGUGUCACCAUUGUUAUGUCACCUAUUGAGCACAUUCCCUCCCUCCCUCUUUCCCUCCCUUCCCUCCCUCCCUCCCUCUUUCCCUCCCUUCCCUCCCUCCCUCCCUCUUUCCCUCCCUUCCCUCCCUCUUUCCCUCCCUUUCCUCUCCUCCCUCCCUCCCUCCUCACAUCUAAUUUGUUUUGUGUGAGUAUGGGUUAAGAAUAACCAUGUAACAUAGCCAAAGCAUAUUGUUGACUGAAAACUUACAGCAUAACAGUAAAGAAAUUCUUGAGUACUAGAGAGUCACCUCUGAGCAUCUCUGUCUAUCUCUCAUGCCAAACAUCCUACAGAUUUAAAUUGAUAUUUUCUUUGCAUUACAGUGUUCUCUGAUGCAGUGUCAGAAUAAUUUGUGCAAUUGUUCUCUCUAGGCAGCAAUAAUGCACAGUUGAUGCAUCAAUAUUAAUAUACUUGAAACUAAUCUCUGCAGACACACAUUGAUAUGUCCUUGGCAGAAAUAAAUCAAUGACUUUUUGGGGGGGUUAUCCUGGUAGGUAAUUUACACACAUUACUAUGUAUGAUAAUUUGUGUAACUGUAUUUAUGUGUACCUGUACCUAAAUAAACUUAUUCUUUCUGCUUAAUAUUAACAGCAA